AUGACACGUGGCACUGGAAAGCUUCGCGACGGGUCAAACGACAGAUUGAGCGACAAAUCGAGCGACAGCCAAUCGGAAAACAGCCCCGCGUCGCCGUCGACCCCGCGGUCCAUCUUAUCUGCGCUCCUGAGUCCUCUGGCCGCGGGAAGCUCGAAGCUCCGGUCGACCUCCGCGUCCGGCGGCGACGAUGGCGGCGACGUCAGCGUCACGCCGCCCAGGCUAAACCUACCGCGCCACCAGCUGUGGCGACCGCAGCUAAACCCUUCAAACGUGGUGCGGCAGAUGCAAGAGGCGGGGCGCGCAGACGCGGCGCCGGUGGUGGUGAUGGCGCUGAUGGCGGAGCGGGAGGUUCGGCGCGCGCUGGCGGAGAGGACGGCGUGGGAUCGGCGCACCAAGCGCGCGGUCAUGCGCAUGGCGGCUGUUGCGCGCGCGUGCAAGAUUCGGUUCGAGGCUAUCGACCUCUCAGACAUCGCAGGGGAGCCGGACGGCAGCAGAAAACGGGACACUAGUCCCACCCUAUCCACGAAAUCGCCGCCCUCGGAUUCUCCGAGAAAAACCUCUGAAAAAUCACCGCCGUCGCAGGCACUCUCGUGGGAGGCGAAGCCAGAAGCGGUGAUCCGGUUUUGUCGGCAUAUCAACGCAGAGCUGCUGCUGCUCCCCUCCUCCCAUGCGUGUAAAGCGCUCAACUUCUCUGGCAAAUUUGCCUCCAACAACUUCACAAUUCACUGUGCUGGAAACGCACCCUGCCCGGUGAUUAAGCUUGGGGGUGAUCUGGGUGGUGACAGGAAGGAUGUGAGAGCACGCAGUUGUAUACGGCAUGGGUUGGUAUCGGUGAGGCAAACUCAGGUGCCUAGAAGUGCCACUCUGGGUGAUCUUGUGUGA